UUGCUUUUAUUAUACAGCUGGGGUAUUUACAUCAAAGAUGGAGCCGAGAAAGGCGAGUUUAUCUACGAGUACUGCGGGGAAAUAAUCAGUCAAGACGAGGCAGAUAGGCGAGGAAAAAUUUACGACCGCACACUCAGCAGCUUCCUCUUCAACUUGAAUCGUGAUUUCGUCGUUGAUGCGACAAGAAAGGGUAACAAGAUUCGUUUUGCCAAUCACUCUGUGAAUCCAAACUGUUGCGCCAAGGUGAGAGCAUCCUCUACAGGGUAA